GCCAAUAGUACAGGAGAAGUAGAGCUGGCCGGCAAAUAUCUUCCACCGGCCGGCCCUCUCUUCUCCGAUGGAUCAGGCUCCCCAUGGGGCAGCCGCUUCACUAGACCUGUCCCUGACCCUGGCCCCCGUGACACCGCCAUCACCAGCAGCACCCCCAUCCUCCUCCUUUUGGGCUGAAGGAGACGCCGCUGUCGGCCACGGCGGCCAUGGUGGCCAUGCCGGCGAAGGGAGAUCGAGGCGGCUGUUCUCGUGCCUCUUCUGCGACAAGAAGUUCCUCAAGUCUCAGGCGUUGGGGGGCCACCAGAGUGUGCACAAGAAGGAGCGGGCCGGCAGCUGGAACCCCCACCUCUACCUCCAAUCCGACCACAGCGACCUGCCGGCCACCGCGGCGGCAAAGGCGCCAGCGAGUUGGCCAAACGCGCGCCUUGACGACGACGGCGAGAAGCAGUUGCAGCAGCAGCAGCAGCUUGAUCUCAACCUCAAGCUUUAAUUAGCUAACUCGUGUGUAUGUUUU